UCUAGCUUCGGGUUAAGGGUCGUAGGUUGAAGGUUGUAGCUAACUACACGCUGCUAUCGCGUGCUCCACAUGUUUCUAUUUUGUUGUGGAUUGAGUUAGAUUGCACCAUGGGGAAAAGUAAGAAAAAACAAACAAGCAAGGCGGGGAACCAAGCGGGUAAAGCUGGACAACACCAAAGUACAUGUGAAAAAAGCUCUCAAAAGAAGCCUAGAGGAGAUGGGAAACCCAAGAGAGCCAAACAAGAGGACCACCUCGAACACAUCCCCUUCAGACUCCGAGAGAUCAUGAAGAGCAAGGACAGAAUGAAGAAGAGACCGCAGAAGAACAAGAAGCUUAAGAAAGCCAUCAACUCCCAUCAUAAGUCAGAUGACUCCCAGGAUGGAGACAUACGUGUCCCACAUUUCAAGAGAGGAAACCUGGAAAGCGAGAGAGCAUACCUGCAGCGCAUGAAUACUGAGACACAACAUGUCUUGUUCCUCACCAAGAACCAAGUUGACAGAAGGCCUGAACUGGAUGUGGACAAACAAGAGAGGCGAGCAGACAUAGGGAAGUCUGACAAAAAGAAGGAGUAUGCCAAAGUGAGAUUACUGAAGCGACAGCAGAAAAAGUUGGACAGACAAGAGGACAAGCUGGAGAAAGAGGAGUUUGUGGAUGACAUUCCCUUUGGUGAAGUUACAAUGGCCCCACCAUUGUUAAGCGUCAAACCGAAGAAAGCUCUGGACAAGUCUCAGAAUGCAUCCAAGACGCUGCUUCUCAGCUCUCUUCUAGGCCAAACAGCAACUUCCACAAACAAGCCCUCCAUGGCCAGACAGAGAAUAAUGGAGGAGGAGAGGCAGCGAGCAGUGGAGGCCUACCGCUAUCUUAAGAAACGGAAACAACAGCAGCUGGAGGCCAGGACUGCCAGCUUAGGAAAACACCAGAACUUCAGUGAAGGAUAAUUACCCCAUUGCAAUCAGUAGAUGGGAUGGCAAUGAGCAUAAUCAUCAGCAGACUGUAUGUGUUAAAUGCCAAGUGAAGAGCUUCCUACAGUUAAGAGAACAUUCAAGGAAAGACUCAAACAUUUGCAUCUACAGGCCACCAUGUAAGGUAAACUGCAUUCACUUGCCUCUUUGAUAACUACAUGCUAAGUGCCUUAUAAAUGUUGUCAGCACAUUGUCACACGGUCACCUGGUGAAUAUAUGUAUGUGUGUAUAUAUAUACACACAGACACAUACAUAUACAUAUUGUUUUCUUAUUUGCUAAUUACAAUGGAGUCAUCUGUGAUGUGCAUGUUAAAAUCAUUAAGGAUAUUUCACCACUAGAUGGCAGUCCAGCUGUUUACUGACGGAACUAACAAAGCAUGGUGACACAUCAUGCAAUGUUGAUACCUAUUAGAUCAAAACUGACUGGAUGUCUAAAUGACAAACACCAUCUUGUGACAGUUCAAUGUUCUACUGGGAAACUUGAACCUGGCAUUUGUGUGGAUCUUACUUAGACACGUUACGCCCACCUAGACCAGACCAGACACCCGCAAGAUUCCCUAGAUCCCAAACUGAUCAAGUAUCAGUGGGAUGAUCCACAGAGGCCCCUCCUCUCAACCCAGAGGAACCAAAAUCCCCCACCAACGACAUUGUGUUUCCAGACACCACAGGACACCCUCAGGAGGCCCAUGACCAUUCUCUGAUGAGUCACAGCUUUUUAGGAGGCAGUAUUAGGCAGGUGGUCGUACUGUUAAGCCUGAUAAGUGUAUAUACACUGUAUGUAAAUUUAUUUCUGGUUUGUGCAUAUUUACCAUGUCUCAGUGAAAUGUGAAAUGAUUACAAUUUAUACAAUAAAUGUAAUGUGAUAAAUUUAAAAACAAACUCACUUUGAGGUUUAUUUAAUAGCUGUUUAUGCUUUUCAUCAGUAGGUGGAGUUCAGAGAAUUUCUCGCCCAUAUUUUGUCUUACAACCAGGCCUGUUUAGGAGCUUUAUAUUAUAUGACAUUACAAUUUAUAUCUUCUUAUAACAAUAUCUAUCAUAUGA